GCCACCACGUAUUUACAUCUCGUGUCACUGCGUAUCAUCGAGCAUUUGACCGGCGUCGUCUAUUGAAAAAUUUCAUUUCUAUCAGUUAUCAUUAAGAAACUAGAAUAAUGAACUACGCCACGCAUCUUAUUAUUUCAAGUUUAGCAACAAUAUUACUGUACAUAAAUUGUAUUCAAGCUAGACGUAUGCAUCAUGUGACUUGUGGCUCUGUGAUAAAGUUGUCAAAUAUGGAAACCAAAGUGAGAUUACAUUCUCAUGACAUAAAAUACGGAACUGGCAGUGGACAACAAUCUGUGACAGGUAUUGAUCGCAAAGAAGAUGGUAAUUCAUAUUGGCUUAUUAAAGCAGAAAAUGGAAAACAAUGCACAAGAGGUGAGAAAUUUGAAUGUGGAGGUACUAUCAGAUUAGAACAUCUUACAACCCAGAAGAAUCUCCACUCACAUUAUGUUAGUUCACCUCUGAGUGGAAACCAGGAAGUAUCUGCAUAUGGAAAUAAAGGAGAGGGUGAUACUGGUGACAACUGGAUACUACAAUGUGAAGUUGAUUUUUGGGAUAGAGAUCAAGGAAUUAAAUUGCAGCAUGCUGACACUGGGAGAUAUUUAGCUGUUAGCGGUAGAACUUAUGGUAAUCCAAUCAGUGGACAGAUGGAAGUAAUAGGAUUAGAUUGUUUACAUUGUGACAAAAAUCCUAGGCCUCACGCAACAUGGUUGGUAGGGGAAGGAUUAUUUAUGCAUCCUAGUGAUGUAAUGGAACAGCAUCGUCAUCAUCAUACAGAAUUAUAAAACCAAUUUUCAUAGCUAUAAGUAGCUCUUGUCUAUACACAAAUAAAUACGCAAGUAAAACAGAAAAAAGAUCAAUCAUAUAUUAUUCUAUCACAAAAGUAAUGUCAUGGAACUAUGCUUCCGAAACUUUUUUUUUAUGAUAAAAUAUCAAUGUUAAAUUUUUGUUAAAAAAAAAAGAAUUUUGUACAAACUGGGUAUUACUUAAAAUUUGUUGGAUAAUAUAUGAAAAAAGUGACAUUGUAAGGUUGGAAUUCAAAGGAAGUUUUUACCCUGCUUUAGCAGGCUUAUAUUACUUAUUUAAUUAAUUUUUGUAUUAUUACAUAUUGCCACGAACAUUCGCAUAUAUGUGAGAUUACGUAUAAUAAUUUAUAUUAAUAUCAUUUAGUACAAACAGUUUACACACAACGCUCUAAAAACUUUCAAAAAGUAUAAAAAAACAAUGAUAUUUAUGUUCUACAGCGUGUUCGAAAGCGUAAAAUGUUUUGUACAUAUUGCUGUUAUAUUUAUUAAAAUAUAAAUACAUAAUAAAGACGUAAUCAGA